UUGCGACAGGCUCACACACUCUUCGCUGCUUUGAUACCACGCUACAACAACAAUUGGCGGCACAAGCGCCUGCGUUAGCUGACAAGCGCAGUCACAUACAAGUACUCCUCAUCCACCACUAUAAUAACCAGCAUCAGCACAGCGAACCCACCAUGCAGCUAAUCCAGCUCCCGGGCUUGGAAGUAAAUCUGUGCUGUGAGGGCAAGACACUUCCCGAGUACGAUGAUGAAAGCUUCACUCCGCAAGCGAACAAGAACACCAAAUAUGUCGAAGUUGUCAAUGGAGCCACUUUCUCAGUCGAAUUCCGUUUCCUCCCAAACUUCCCUUACAUCACGGAAGACACGCAGAUACAGGUGAAGUUGGACGGCAAGUUUGGAAGAGCAAAUCUGCUCUCCCCGUCGCAAAUGGUUGCGUACAGGAGCAAUCAGAUAGAUAGUAUCCCAAGCUACAACAAGGGCUCGUGGACGAAGCAGAUGUUCAAGUUCGCAGACCUCAGUACUGAUGAUCACGCGGUCAAGGCCUCGCAGAUGAACGUGAAGAAAGCGCUAGCGUUGGGGACAGUGACAGCAGAGGUCAUUUGCGUGAAAGUGGGCGCACCUGCCCACUGUCAACCCGCCAAUACGUUCGCCUCGGAAGGAAAGAUUCCAGAAAAGGCUUUGAAGGGGCGUGCUAUGUCCAUCCAGGCAGAGCUGUCGAAGGCGGUGGCUUGUGAGGCCGCCACCUACGCGGACGUCACGUAUCCGUACGGUCAUGAUCCUAUCGCCACCUUUACUUUCAAGUAUCGAUCUCGCAGAGACCUCCAGAUCGAAGGUAUCAUCCCACGGAGUCCGUCACCAGUACCGCUAGAAGACCGUGAUCCAGACAGCCUGAGCGCCGAAGAGGCACGUGAGCUUGUGCGCAGACUACGCGCUCAAAGGGAGGAUCUUGUCCGGGUCAAGCGCGAAGGUGCGAAGCGACAGCGGUCCGCCACCGUUACGGAGAACCAUGAUGACGAUGAUGGAGACGAUGUAACGAUCUCAGAAACCCGUAGUCGGAAGCGCAGUCGGCCUUCUGCGGACUCUGGCGUCGAGCUCGUCGACUUGACUGGGGAUUGAGCUAUGUGGUAAGCGGCGCACCGCUCGAAAGAGGCAGCUUCAGCGGGAGGACGGCUCCCUAUUGAAGCCUGCGGUAAGAGCUUCAUGCCAUGGACGCAUUGUAUGCCUGGCGUGUGAGCAUAUGCCGGCCUUCUGCAGCGGCGCUAUCGCCGUUGCGAUCUUCAUGAACUU